AGAGAGGGAAGUGAGAGAGAGAUGGAGGGAGUCAUCUUCUUCCUCCUGCGGUGGCGGUGCUGCAGCUGAGCCUGCUGCACUCCUCACCGGCUGCUGAUUGUGACUGUGAGUCAUGUUGGCCUCCACUUGCUUCUCCGCCCCGCCGCCCUCCUCCUCCUCCCCGUCAAUCCCGACCCACCUCGCCACUCUCUGCUGCUGCUUCAGGCCUCCCGCUCGCCCACCUUGGCCUCGCUCUCUUCUUCUUCUUGGUGCCUUCCCACCGCCGACCCGCCCCCUCCCCCGCGCCUCCGUCUCGUCAUCGACCGCCCCAGCGAAAGACUACGAGUUUACUGAUGGUGGCGGAGAGGUGGAGCUGAGGCUGGACAUAGGAAAGCUCGGCAUUGAGAAUUCAAGAGAUGUAUUUGUUGACGUCGAUGAUACGUCUCUGUUGGUCAGAGCCAAGUCGGAUGGGACACUGCGGACUUUGAUCAAUGUUAAACAACUCUUUGAUAGGAUUAAGUCUUCUGAGACUAUAUGGUUCAUUGAUGAGGAUCAAUUGGUAGUGAAUCUAAAGAAAGUUGAGCAAGAGCUGAAAUGGCCCGACAUUGAUGAAUCUUGGGAAUCCCUUACUUCUGGAAUCACUCAGCUUUUGACAGGGAUUAGUGUUCAUAUUGUUGGUGAUUCCACAGAUAUAAACGAGGCAGUUGCUAAAGAAAUAGCUGAGGGAAUUGGUUACCUUCCAGUCUGCACAAGUGAGCUGCUAGAAAGUGCCACCGAAAAGUCUAUUGACAAAUGGUUGGCUUCGGAAGGAGUGGAUUCGGUAGCAGAAGCUGAAUGUGUUGUGCUGGAAAGCCUUAGCAGCCAUGUUCGUACAGUCGUAGCAACUCUGGGGGGAAAGCAAGGAGCAGCUAGCAGAUUUGAUAAAUGGCAGUAUCUUCAUGCUGGAUUUACGGUUUGGUUGUCGGUCUCCGAUGCCAGCGAUGAAGCUUCUGCCAAAGAAGAGGCCCGUAGAAGUGUGAGCUCGGGAAAUGUUGCGUACGCGAAAGCUGAUGUAGUAGUGAAGCUUGGUGGAUGGGAUCCGGAGUACACACGAGCUGUUGCCCAGGGUUGCCUUGUGGCCUUGAAGCAGCUAACAUUGGCAGACAAGAAGCUAGCAGGUAAGAAGAGCCUAUACAUGAGGCUGGGAUGCCGAGGGGAUUGGCCCAACAUCGAGCCUCCCGGCUGGGAUCCUGACUCCGACGCACCACCCACCAACAUAUGAUUUUCAUACUCAGUACUCACUAGUAGUAGUAUAUAUACAGUACAUGAUUCUCAUUCUAGCCUCUUCGUCGUCGCUUUUCUUCUCUCUGGAGGCGCUUCAGUUCCAUGGAAUCCACAUUCACGGGGCAUUUCCCAGAUUCAGCUUUAGCUGUGUCAUGGCAUCUUUUCUUUGCAGCCAGCUACUACACGAGAUUCUUACUGCUAGUAAAAUACUCUUGUGUUACUACAGUUUGAAACUUUCGUGCCACUAUUUUUUAAGCUGUGCCAAAACUGCCAGAUCUCAUGGCAAAUAUAAACCAUAACAAAACCUUGCUUCAGCUA